CAGGACAUAAAUUGAGGACAUUUUCAUUCAUACGGAUGAACUCGCGCUUCAAGCUCCGCCCACUAGAUCCAGCGAAGCUGUGCAGCACUGCAGCGAGCGAGCUCCAUCUCGAGCAUUCUGGUCUUGGAAUGCUCCUCAGAAGGCGGCAAUUUGGAGCUUUCGGACGCAGCCAGUGUGUUUCGAGUCUGAUGUCUUUAGCUACGUGUAAAUGCUUCGGUGUGCACUGAAAUAAUUAAUCCUUCUUCGAUUAUUUUAUUGGUUUGUCAACAGAAGACAGGAUUUCUUAAUACGCUAACCGUUAGCAGUGAGAUGAAGUUGAAAAUCUGACCCGGACUCACUGUUGUCUCUGGAGCAGGGAUUCAUUGUCCGUACAGCGUCAUAAACAUCUCCUGACUCAUACAGUUGUGUACUUUGAGAGUGAAAGUGAUUGGGACCAAUCCACCAAUAAAUGCUGGAGUCAAACACACAGAGAAAUCACUCCAUGUGUGACAACUGAAAUCUUCAUGACAUAAUGUUGAUGCUGGUGAAAGAGGAGCUUGAGAAGAUGACAGAUCCACAACCAUGCAGAAUAAAGGAUGAAGAUACUGAGGAACAAAUAGAUAUGAUGGAAGUGAAAGAGGAGAGUCAAGCUGAAGGGGAUGAGAAACAUCAGAUUGUAAAAAUAAACCAUAAUGUUUCACCGAAAGAAACUCUGAAGACAGAAGACAUAAAGUGUGAAAAUAGUUUCAGUGAAGAUGAACGACCUGCAGAUCACAAGAGGACUCACAGUGAGGAGAAACCUUUAACAUGUCAACAGUGUGGAAAGAGUUUCAGAAGAAAAGCUAACCUUAAAGCACACAUGAUGAUUCACACUGGAGAGAAACUUUACACGUGUCAACUAUGUGAAAAGAGUUUCACCUUUCAAACGAACCUUAACCGCCACGUGAAAACUCACAGUGGGGAAAAGCCACACGCAUGCCAUCACUGUGACAAGAGUUUCAUAGAUAAAAGUCAACUUAAGAAACACAUAAGAGUUCACACUGGAGAGAAACCUUUCACGUGUCAACAGUGUGGAAAGAGUUUCAGAGUUGAAUGUAGCCUUAAGAUACACGCAAGAAUUCACACUGGAGAGAAACCAUUCACUUGUCAUCAGUGUGGAAAGAGUUUUACAGCUGCAAGUGAACUUAAGAAACAUUUGAGAAUUCACACUGGAGAGAAACCAUACGUGUGUCAACAUUGUGGAAAGAGAUUCAGGGCAAAAUCUAACCUUGAUGUACAUUUGAGCACUCACACUGAAGAGAAACCGUUCACAUGCCAUGAGUGUAAAAAGAGUUACAAAGCAAAAGCUACACUUAACAAACACAUGAGAAUCCACACUCGAUAGAAACCAUUCAUGUGUCAACAGUGUGGAUAUGGCAACAAAGUUUAGAAAUCAGCUGAGGUCUUAUUAAUAAAACUGUCUGGAGGAUCCUUACUAAAAGUCUACAUGCGCACAAAAGCCAAAAAUGGCGUACGGCAAAAAAGAUUCAGGCCGUUUCUCAAUCGGUGUUCUUGUAAAACGUCAUCAGUCGUGCCCCAAGUACUGUUCCAAUUCCAAGUUCAUUUAACAUCCCCAGAUGUGUUCUUGAUCCGUUCUUCUUCUUAAGGAUGCAUGAGAAGGUGACUUGUGUGGACUUAUGACAGCCAAGUUAAUAAGUAUUUGUUACAUUUAUAUAGCGCUUUUCUCAGUGCUCAAAGCGCUUUACAUAUGAAUGGGGGAAUCUCCUCAACUACCACCAAUGUGCAGCAUCCACCUGGAUGAUGCGACGGCAGCCAUAUUGCGCCAGAACGCCCACCACACACCAGCUUAUUAGUGGAAAGGAGACAGAGUGAUAUAGCCAAUUAGUAUGAGGGAUGAUUAGUAGGCCAAUGGGCAAGUUUGGCCAGGAUGCCGGGGCACACCCCUACUCUUUUUCGAAGGACAUCCUGGGAUUUUUAAUGACCACAGAGAGUCAGGACCUCGGUUUAACGUCUCAUCCGAAGGACGGUGCUUUUUUUGUCAGUAUAGUGUCCCCGUCACUAUACUGGGGUGUUAGGACCCACACAGACCACAGGUUUACACCCACAAGUAAAAGUGAUUGAGACCUUCAGUGAAGCUCCUCCUACAACAAUCCACCAAUAAAUGCUGGAGUCAAACACACAGAGAAAUCACUCCAUGUGUGACAACUGAAAUCUUCAUGACAUAAUGUUGAUGCUGGUGAAAGAGGAGCUUGAGAAGAUGACAGAUCCACAACCAUGCAGAAUAAAGGAUGAAGAUACUGAGGAACAAAUAGAUAUGAUGGAAGUGAAAAAGGAGAGUCAAGCUGAAGUGGAUGAGAAACAUCAGAUUGUAAAAAUAAACCAUAAUGUUUCACAGAAAGAAACUCUGAAGACAGAAGACAUAAAGUGUGAAAAUAGUUUCAGUGAAGAUGAACGCCCUGCAGAUCACAAGAGGACUCACAGUGAGGAGAAACCUUUCACAUGUCAACAGUGUGGAAAGAGUUUCAGAGAUAAACGUAAACUUGAGACUCAUGUGAGAAGUCACAUUAAAGAAAAACCACACGCGUGCCAUGAGUGUGAAAGGAGUUUUAUAUCUGCAAGUUACCUUAAGAUACACAUGAGGUCUCACACUGGAGAGAAACCUUAUGUAUGUCAACAGUGUGGAAAGAGUUUCAGAACAAAAUGGCAGCUUAACGAACAUGUGAGAAUUCACACUGGAGAGAAACCACAUCUGUGUCAUCACUGUGAAAAGAGUUUUACAACUGCAAGUGAACUUAAGAAACAUUCAAGAGUUCACACCGGAGAGAAACCGCACAUGUGCCAUCACUGUGAAAAGAGUUUUACAACUAAAGGUAAUCUUAAGACACACAUGACACUUCACACUGGAGAAAAACUGUUCACAUGUCAUCUGUGUGGAAAGAGUUUUAGAACGAAACGUGACCUUAAUAGACAUGUGAGAAUUCACACUGGAGAGAACACAUUCAUUUGUCAUCACUGUGGAAAGGGUUUUACGAUGAAAUGUGACCUUAAUAGACACGUGAUAAUUCACACUGGAGAGAAACCAUACUUGUGUCAACACUGUGGAAAGAGUUUCAGGACAAAACCUAACCUUAACCUACACAUGAGGAUUCACACCGGACAGAAACCACACGUGUGCCAUCACUGUGAAAAGAGUUUUACAACUAAAGGUAAUCUUAAGACACACAUGACACUUCACACUGGAGAAAAACCGUUCACAUGUCAUUUGUGUGGAAAGAGUUUUACAAUGAAAUAUGACCUUAAUAGACAUGUGAGAAUUCACACUGGAGAGAAACCAUACGUGUGUCAACCCUGUGGAAAGAGUUUCAGGACAAAAUCAAACCUUAAUGUACAUUUGAGAACUCACACUGAAGAGAAACCCUUCACAUGCCAUGAGUGUAAAAAGACUUUCAAAACAAAAGCUACACUUAACAAACACAUGAGAAUCCACACUCGAUAGAA